AUGUGUGCGUCUAUGCUUGCAUCAGAGCGCCUGACCCACAGCAUCGUUAGCGCUCGCGGGUUUGCGUCCGGUACGGUUGCGUACAAGUCUGAGCGACAGAAGAUCAAGGACCUUGUCACUGACAAUGAAUUCGUCGUGAAGCUGAAAAAGGCCAUUGCCAUCCUCGAUCCUACCGACGCGCUAAUGGUCAAGCUCCAGUCUGACAGUGUCAUAAAUUCAGAAGUUCUGCCGGAUUUUCAUGCCCUCUCAGACAAGUUCACUGCUGCCUAUGAAUGA